AUGGUCAGGGCAUCUCUAUCUUUUCUUGUUCCCUUCUUUCUUCCUCUGGCUGUGGCUCAGUAUGGAGGAGGAGGUGGUGGUGGUGGAGGUGGUGGUGGUGCUGCCACCACGACCAUGACGACCACGACUAAGAGCAGUUCCUCCUCGAGCGCCACCCACUCUGUUAAUGUUGGCAAAAACGGCUUCACCUUUAGCCCGAAUAGCCUCACCGUCUCCUCAGGAGACAAAGUCAAGUUCCAAUUCUUUCCGGGCGACCACUCGGUGGUUGAAGCCGCAUAUAACAACCCAUGCCACCCCUUGAGCUCUAGCAGCUUCUUCAGUGGAUUCAUCCCUGGUAGUACUAGUCCUAAGUCGUCUGACGACUACAUUCUGACCGUUAACAAUACCAAACCCAUCUGGUUCUACUGCGGACAAGUUGGGCACUGCCAGGCCGGAAUGGUUGGGGUGAUCAACCCACCGUAA